GCCCGGCCCAUAACAAAGCUCGAAGCACAGCUGGAGCCUUUCGCCUUGGGCAGUCUACCCAACAUGCUGUCUUCACUCUCAUCCAGCCUGAACAAUGCCCGGACUACCGUGGCACAGGUGCUCAACUUUGCUUUAGUCCUCUCGACUGCUUUUAUGCUAUGGAAGGGAUUAUCAGUCGCGUCCGCAUCCAGCUCCCCGAUUGUGGUCGUCCUCUCGGGGAGCAUGGAGCCUGCCUUCCAACGAGGUGAUCUUCUGUUCCUGUGGAAUCGCAGCCCUCGAACGGAGGUGGGAGAAAUUGUGGUAUACAAUGUUCGAGGCAAGGACAUCCCUAUCGUCCACCGCGUCGUCCGCACCUUCCCCGAGGUUGAAGGAAAGGCCAAGAAGGUCAAGGAGAUCACAGUCGACUCGACUCCUUCUCAUAUGCUCCUGACUAAGGGUGAUAACAACCUUGCCGAUGAUACUGAACUUUAUGCACACGACCAGGAUCACCUCAAUCGUUCCGAGGAUAUUGUAGGGAGUGUACGAGGGUACAUCCCGAUGGUGGGAUACGUUACAAUUAUGCUAUCGGAGCACCCAUGGUUGAAGACAGUCCUUCUGGGUAUAAUGGGCUUGAUGGUCAUGCUUCAGCGGGAGUAAAUGGUGUUUUGGGUAGAGGCAAAAGGGUUGAAUAGCUAGCAAGAAAAAGCCGGCUUGAUCGAAUUAGCAUAACAUAUAAAUCGAGCAAUGACAAAGACCUUAAAUAUAGAAUUGACAAAAUAUUUCCCG